UGAGGUUAUCUUGACUUUAUGUAGCAUGUGAUGGAAACUACGUCAUCGAAGGCAAACACGAGAUGACGUGAGCAAACGCAACCCUAUACUGGGCAGUACAACACAGUAAGCUUACGAGGAAGAGAGACAUCGCAUUGCCACGAAAAUCUUUCUGACGACGCAUCAAACAAGAUGGCGAGUAAGAUUCCGGAUUCUCACAACUUCGACGAGCAGUUCCUGACGUGCCCGGUCUGUAUGCUGCACUUCCGGGACCCCAGAGUCCUGCCAUGUCUGCACACAUUCUGUAAGGAGUGUCUGCAAGAAUGGGCCGCCAAACAACAGCCGCUGGAGUGUCCAACCUGCCGCACACGGGUCAGUCUACCAGACCAAGGUGUGGACAGACUCAGGACCAACUUCUACGUCAACAACCUGCUGGACUUCGCGGCCGUGAAGGAAGGUGUGGGGCCAGGUGUGCCGUGUCAGGUGUGUGAGGGGACGAAGAAAGGGGCGCGGUCAUGGUGCGUACAGUGUGCCGUUCUGCUUUGUGAGUCCUGUACAAACACACAUCGCAGGUUUCCAACCCUGAAAGGGCAUCAGAUCGUGACCCAAGAGAACCUAGAGGCCUCUGAAGGUGUGCCUGGCACCUUCCAGCGCAAAGCCUUCUGCCCAAAGCACGAAGACCAAGUCUUAACUUUCUACUGUGAACCUUGUCAGACUUUGGUCUGUGUCGCCUGUACGGUUGUCGAUCAUCGGCCGGGUGAUAAACACAAUCCUGUAGAAAUCGGCUCCGUCGCUGAGAGGAAGAAACGAGACCUACGAAAACUGAUGAAUAAUGUCGAGCCUCGAGAAAAAGACGUGCAGGCUACUCUAAAACAACUCGAGAGGGAAUUAUCUGAGUUCCCAACAUCGGCAGACGCAGCGAUUGAACAGGCAACAGCCUAUUUUGAUCAGCUGAUGGCCUUGCUUCAAGACAGAAAAGAAGAAGUCGUGUCAGAAAUCGAAUCACGCCGCCAGGAGGUGGGGAAAGGUUUGGAAGCCCAGAAAGAAGCGAUAGAGUUUGAGUUGGCCGGACUGACGAGCGCGUCUGAGUUCUGUAAAAAAAAAGCCUUGGAACAUGGCAGUGACGUGCACGUCAUCGAGGUCGAAGGUCAAGCACGACAGAGGGUGGAAGAACUGAUGACAACUCCAAGCGACCUGACAGCCCGACCGAGUCAAGUCGUGUUCUCGGAGGGGACGGCUGUGGCGGAGUUCAGAGAUGACGUGGCCAGGGCAGGGUGCGUACAAGUACGACACACAGGGAAGGUUGACGCAUCCAAAUGUACAGUUGAUAUAAAACCUGCCGUUUUAGAGUUUCCAAAUGUCUGUCUCCUCAGCACAGUUGACAAAAACGGGCAACCUUGUUCUGUGCUUAAAGAUGACGUCACCGCCACCCUGAUGGACCCCUCGGGCCAGGCGGUACCAACACAGCUGCAGGAGAAGGGCAGGGGAUUGUGGGAAAUCUCCUACUCACCUGAGGUCAUCGCCAAAGGUCACGGGCAACCAUAG